AUGAGUCCCAUCUCUGCCAGCAACCAGGAGACGUACUGUGACGAACAAGCUACGAUGAAGGGGAAGGUUCCCUUGUUCUCCCCCGGCUCCACGGUGAGCUCUGCUCUUUCCGGCUACGUCACUCUCUGCCUCACUCUACAGGUUCACAGGCUGGCAUCAGCACAGUUCACAGUAAUUGGUCCUGACCAUCCAAUCACUGCCUCCCUAGGUGGGGAGGCCGUCCUACCCUGCCACCUCUCCCCCAGGAUAAAUGCUCAGAACAUGGAGGUGAGAUGGCUUCGAUCUCAGUACUCUCCAUUUGUGCACCUGUACCAUGAUGGGCAGGAUAGGUAUGAACAGCAGAUGCCAGAAUAUCAAAAAAGAACUCAGCUUUUGAAAGACAACAUUACCAAUGGGAGUGUUUCCCUGAGAAUACGCGAUAUCCAACCCUCAGACAAUGGGCGGUACAAGUGUUUUUUUCAGUCCGAUGUCUCCUAUGAAGAAGCUUUAUUGGAACUGCAGGUUGCAGGUUUGGGCUCUGCUCCUGACAUCUCUGUGGAGGGACAUCAGGGCAGAGGGAUCUGGGUUGUGUGUCGAUCAUCUGGAUGGUACCCACAGCCCGAGGUGCUGUGGAGAGAUCUCCAUGGGAAGCUGUUACCAUCAGUCUCUGAAAACAUAUCCCAAGAAGCCAAUGGCCUGUUUCAAACAGAGAUUGCUAUUGUUAUAACAAAAGAGUCCAACCAGAAAGUGUACUGCUGUGUCAGGAACCCCCGAAUCAACCAGGAGAGAGUCUCAACAAUUUAUAUAGCAGAGCUGUUUUUCCUGAGGGUCAGUCUGUGGAUUGUGGCUCUGGGAGUGACUGUCGCUGUCCUGGUUGUUCUCAUUGCCCUUGCCAGUUACUGUAUCUGGCAGCAGCACAGAGUGAAAGGGUGGAGAAUUGCCCAGCUCUAUGCAGUGGACGUGACUCUGGAUCCAGACACGGCUCAUCCCAAACUCAUCCUGUCGGAGGAUCGGAAACGUGUGAGACAUGGAGACACACGCCAGGAUCUGCCCGACAACCCUGAGAGAUUUGAUGCUUAUCCCAUUGUCUUGAGCGUUGAGGGAUUCAUGGGUGGAAGGUGUUACUGGGAGGUGGAGAAGAAAAAGGAAGAAAAAGAGGCCUUGGUGUGUGUGUUGAAUGUGACUCUGGAUCCAGACACAGCUCAUCCGGUCCUAGUCCUGUCUGAGGAUCAGAAGAGUGUGAGAUAUGGUUACACACAGCAGGAUGUGCCUGACAAUCCUGAGAGAUUUGACACUGAGCUCUGUGUGCUGGGCUGUGAGGGGUUCACCUCGGGGAGACAUUGCUGGGAGGGGGAGGUGGGGGGUGGGGGUUACUGGGCUGUAGGGCUGGCCAGAGAGUCUGUGAGGAGAAAGGGACGGAUCAGCUUUGACCCUAAGGAGGGGAUCUGGGCUGUCCAGUGGAUGAGUCAGUUCCAGGCUCUCACCUCCCCUGUGACCCCUCUGCCCCUGAGCCAGGUCCCCAGGAGGAUCCGAGUUUCUGUGGACUAUGAACGGGGGCAAGUGACAUUUUUCAAUGCUGGUGAAAAGGCCCCAAUCUUCACUUUCCCAUUGGCAUCUUUUGCUGGGGAUAGAAUCUGCCCCUGGCUCUGGGUGGGGGGAUCACGGCUCAGAAUGUGUCCCUGA